AUAACAUUCUGAACGUGUUGUGGUAAGGGUGUCUGGCUUGUUUGUCUUGAUUUCUCACUUUUUUUUUGGCGAUUUACAGCAAAGAAUUGAAACUACAAAUAACAGGCAUUAUGUUUCGAAUAACUGAACAGAACUUAUCGGUAUUUUGCGCUAGACUUGGGUUAUAUUUAAGCCACAAAAGUCCAGUAAGUAAAAUGUCGGUGAGAGGAAAGGUGCUUAGUGUUGAGAAUAUGAAUCCAUUUGUAAAGAAUAUGGAAUAUGCAGUCCGAGGUCCAAUAGUUAUCAGAGCUGGUGAGAUAGAACAAGAAUUAAGUAAGGGUGUAAAGAAGAAUUUUACAGAUGUAAUAAGAGCUAAUAUUGGUGACUGUCACGCUACAGGACAGAAACCUUUAACCUUCUUACGACAGGUAGCUGCUAUUUGUACAUAUCCUGAUGUUUUGCUCAAAGAUCCCAACUUUCCCUCUGAUGCUAAAGAUCGAGCUCAAAGAAUAUUAGAUGGUUGUGGUGGAAAGAGUAUUGGAGCAUAUAGCGAUAGUUCUGGUGUACGUGUUAUAAGAGAAGAUAUAGCUAGAUAUAUAACAGAACGGGAUGGACAAGCCAGUAAUCCAGAUGAUAUAUUUCUCUCAACUGGUGCUAGUGAUGGUAUUAAGAUUAUUAUGAAAUUAUUAAUGACUGGACAACCAGGUAAAGAACGAGCAGGUGUGAUGAUACCAAUUCCACAAUACCCUCUUUAUACUGCUACUAUUGCUGAAUAUAAUGCCUAUCCUAUUGGUUAUUAUUUAAAUGAAGAUAAAAACUGGGCUUUAGAUGUAAAUGAAUUAAAAAGAUCAAUAGAUGAAGCCAAACCAAAUUGUAAACCACGAGCUAUUGUUAUUAUAAACCCUGGUAACCCUACAGGUCAGGUUUUAACUAAAGAAAAUAUUCAAGAUGUAAUUAAAUUUGCUAAGGAACAGAAUCUGUUUAUUAUGGCAGAUGAGGUUUAUCAACAUAAUGUAUACGCCAAGGGCUCCCAAUUCUUUUCAUUUAAAAAGAUAUUAACAGAAAUGGGACCAGAGUACAAUACCAUGGAACUAGCAUCAUUUAUGUCAACAUCUAAAGGUUACAUGGGAGAGUGUGGAUUCCGUGGAGGUUAUUGUGAGGUUAUAAAUCUAGAUCCAGAUGUACGAGCGAUGUUGUUAAAAUCAAUCUCCGCAAAAUUAUGUUCUUCUAUUUCUGGUCAGGCUGUAAUGGGUGUGGUUGUUAAUCCACCCAAACCAGGUGAACCAUCUUAUGAUGUCUUUCAAAAGGAAAAAUCAACAGUUUUAGGUCAGUUAGCUGAGAAAGCAACCAUGGUAACGGAGACAUUUAAUUCUAUUGAGGGUAUUACAUGUAAUGAGGUACAAGGAGCUAUGUAUGCAUUCCCUCAAAUAAAACUACCUCAAAAAUUACUAGAAGCGGCUAAGGCUAAAGGGCAGGCCCCUGAUGCAUUCUAUUGUUUUAACUUGUUAGAAGAGACAGGUAUUUGCGUUGUACCUGGUAGUGGUUUCGGACAAGUAGAAGGAACAUAUCAUUUUAGGACAACCAUAUUGCCACCAGUAGAGAAAUUAAGAGAAAUGUUAGGCAGAUUCAAAGAUUUCCACCUCAAAUUCAUGGCAAAAUAUUCCUAAAAUAGAUAAAAUUGUAAAGGAAUAGAUAGGAUCAAUUAGUAGACAUUGGUAAGGUCAUAAGUGUCAUAGUCUUUGAGAUUUCUAGAUAGAUAAAUCGGAACCAUCAUUGCACAGAAUGUGUACAACAGUUAUAUGUACAUA